CUUCCACAGCCCUUCAAUCCUAUCAGUCCCCCGUUCUUGCGAAAUGUUUCCGCCUCUGUCUUCCCAAACUGGACGUUUGUUGUCUGUCCCAUCGGAGAAAGGAGCGAUCGAGCUUUGCGUUAUUGAAAGAACACAUUCAGGCUCAUGCCUUUGAGAAACUAUGCCUUCUGAUUGACAUAAACGGCAGUAACUGUCCAUCAUGAACAGCGAAGAAGAGUUCUAUGAUGCUGAGACAGGUUUGGAAUCAGAUGACUCGUGUGAAGUCAGCUUUAAAGAUGCCUGCGUCUAUGCAAACAAGCAGACGGCAAAUGGCAAAGUGCAGUCUGAGAAUGGAGUAUGGGAGAGACGAGCUACUCUGCCAGCACCAAUGUUCUCCAGAAAUGACUUCAGUGUAUGGUGCUUCCUAAAAAAAUGCAUUGGAAUGGAGCUUUCCAAGAUAACAAUGCCUAUUGUUUUCAACGAACCUCUGAGCUUCUUGCAGAGAAUUACGGAGUAUAUGGAACAUACGUACCUCAUCCAUAAAGCUUGUACAUUUUCAAACUCUAUAGAGCGUAUGCAGCUUGUUGCCGCAUUCGCCAUUUCUGCUGUCGCAUCACAAUGGGACAGAACUGGAAAACCUUUUAACCCUUUAUUAGGAGAGACUUAUGAACUAAUAAGGGAGGAUGAGGGUUAUCGCAUAGUCUCAGAGCAGGUGAGUCACCAUCCACCAAUCAGUGCCUUGUACGCAGAGUCGCUCAAUCAGGACUUCGCAUUUCACGGCUCCAUCUACCCUAAACUGAAAUUCUGGGGAAAGAGUGUGGAGGCGGAGCCUAAAGGCACAAUGACGCUUGAGUUGUCCAAGCACAGAGAGGCUUACACAUGGACAAAUCCAAUGUGUUGUGUGCAUAAUGUUAUCCUGGGUAAACUGUGGAUUGAGCAGUAUGGAACAGUGGAGAUUGUCAACCACAGCACUGGGGACAAGUGUGUGCUGAAUUUUAAACCAUGUGGCAUGUUUGGCAAAGAGCUGCAUAGAGUAGAGGGACAUAUCCAGGACAAGAGUAAAAAGAAACAUCGGGUUGUCUACGGGAAGUGGACUGAGUGCAUGUACAGCAUUGAGCCAAAAGUCUACGAAGCCAACAAGAAAGCAGAGAAGAAGAGUGGAGGAGAUGCCAAGAAACACAAGCAGGAGCAGAGCCCAGGUGGUGAUGAUGCAGACGAGAUGCCAGACAUCCAGGAAACAGUGGCUAUGAUCCCAGGUAGCACACUGCUGUGGAAAGUAGCCCCUCGACCGCCACACUCCACACAGAUGUAUAAUUUUACCAGCUUUGCCAUGACACUCAAUGAGCUGGAGCCUGGCAUGGUUGAAGUCUUGGCACCAACAGACUGUCGUCUGCGACCUGACAUCAGAGCUAUGGAGAAUGGUGAUAUAGACACUGCAAGUAAAGAGAAGGAGAGAUUGGAAGAGAAGCAGAGAGCUGCUAGAAGAGAGCGUGCUAAAGACGAGGAAGAGUGGUCCACCAGGUGGUUCCAGCAAGGCAGUAAUCCAUAUACUGGAGCGUCAGACUGGAUCUACAAGGGUGGCUACUUUGACAGGAGGUACUCUGAACUUCCAGACAUCUACUGAUUUGGUUGGGAAGAAAGAGAGAGGCUUGAGAUUGUCUUUUGCUCUCGUUCCCUCAAUCCAUAUCAUCUCCUCUUCUUACUAAGCAUCUUUGUUUUUCUUCUUUGGAAUGUGAGAUUCAAUUAAACGGUUAUCGGAAAAGCCUCUCCACACCUUGUACUCUUCACUAGAAUCUGGAAAUUCAGUGUUAAUGGGAAUGUAUUUAUUUAUUUUGAAAGGUAGGCGAAUGCCUUACAAAAUUAUUCACAUUUAUUUUCAAUGGCUCUUUUUUCUUUUCUUUCUGUUUUGUAGGUAUGUAUGUACAGUUUGUUAGAGUUAAAGUUAAACAUUCGGUACAAACCUCAAUAUGUGUAUAGAAAUUGUUAGUUUAUAUGUACGUUCUUACCUACCUAUCCAGAUGUCUUGUUGCUAGUUAUACUCAGGUGUUUAUUUUAUGGUUACAAGUUGUUCGAGUUGGCAGAACUGUAAUGCCAUCUGUGAAGAUAGCCGAUUUUGUGUGAUCAUUGAACUGUGAGGCAUAAUAGGAGAGCAUUAUUUUGUGCUAAUAUUUUGUAUAAUCUUUAUUAUAUGAUUCUUUUUUCAAAGUCAAAAGAAAAAUUAAGAAUAGAAAUAUUCUGCAUUGUGACAAACAUUUAAUGACAAUUAAGAUAAUUGUACCCCAAAAUGUUCAUUACUGUAAUGUGAAGAAAUGUUAUUCUCAUUAUAAAUUACAUUUAGUACAAUUAAUACUACCAUGAUUUAUAAAUGCUGUUUUUUUUUUUUUAUUAUGUUAAUGAGAAUUAUUUUUUUGUUUUUCCAUUACAAGACUAAGAACUUGGAGGAGGGGGAAAAUAUACUUAAUUGCCAUGAAAAUAAUGUGACAAUGCAAAUGCAAUUCAUAAUAUUCCUAAAAAUAGGGUUGAUUUUUCCUAUAUGCUAAAUAUUAUUUAUUUAUUUAUUUAUUUGAUUUUGGGGUCAAAUAUGACCUAGGCAUAUUCUUGGCAGUUUUGAUUUAGAGUACUUGAGAAGGAAUGAAAAAGAUUUUUCCAUGUCACCCCCUCUUUGCACAGACUUAAUGCUAUACCUCAUUAAUAAGGCUCUCAGGCCAAUUUGUAACAGUCUCCAUGGUACAGGAGAGUUUACUAAUAUCCUCAUUCCUCACCAGUUUAGAAAUGUUUUAGAUCUGUUUGUUCAGUUUUAUUUUUGUUUAACAGACAAAAAUGGAAGCUGAUUAAGACAAAUGUUUACUUGGUAAAAAAAAAAAAAAUGUUGUUUAACUGUAGAAAAACAGCUCUUUUAAAUAACCAAUAUACUAUUAGAACCUGGCAUUGAUAUUUUGUCUUUGCUUAUGGUUGCCAAAGCAACUCUUCUCUUUUAAAAACUAAAGCCAUAUAACUAUCUUGUCAGGACUGCAAUGUUGUGUAAAUGAGCAAUACAUCCUGGUGUACAAAAAAGAUGAAUGAUAUGGAGAUUGGUGCAAAUCUUUUUAUUUUUGUUUCAGCACUUAACUUAGCCCACAUAAAUACACAUGUACCAAAAAAUGCUCAGUUGAUGAUGGAAUGUGCUUCAUUGCUCACAUACUUCAUCCUAUCCAGCAAGUUUGAUUUGGUAAGACAACAGCAACAUGCUAAGACUUUAAACUUCAUGUUCUUCAAACAUACUAUUCGAAGACAGGAGAUGACUGUGAAAGACACCACUGUCUUUUAUUUGAAAACUUCAAACAAUACUGUGAUUUUAACACUCAAGUCUCAGAAGCUAUGCAAAAUUAAUCGGAAUGUCUGUUUGUCUAUGAAUCUCUUUACUGUUUAUGUAAAAUACUUUGUUUGGCACAAAGGUGUUGAGCAUGUUAGGACUUGUGCUGAUGGUUUUAUGUGAUUUUGUUGGCUGUUUUGCACAGCUUCUGUGCGUUUCCCUUUUGCCUGAAGUUGGGCCGAUGUAAAGUUUGAUGGAGAGACAGUUGUUUGCAACUUAUCUAAUUCAAGCUUAUUAUCGAUCAUCUACACUUAAUGGGAACUCAUUGUCUGAGUAGCACAUGACUAUUUAACUUAAUAAAGUAGUAUGUCCCAUGUAGUGCAUAUACAGUACUGUGCAAAAGACUUUGGCACAUAAGGUGUUUUUCAAAACCUUUUUUUGACUUAAGAUGGUUAUUUAAAUCUUCAGCUUUAGUGUGGCAAUGGGAAAAAUACAUUUUAGACUCACAAACAUUCAUUUUGCAAAUAGAAAAGAUUAGAAUAGAACAUGGAGCCCUGCAACAGAUGUUAUGGCCCCCACAAAGCCCCCCACCCCCACUGAACAUAGUAUCAGUUUGAGAUUACAUGAAGGGACAGAAGAAAUUGAGACAGCCUAAAUAGAUAGAAGAACUGUGGAGAAUGUCUCCAAGAAGCUUGGAACAUCCUAUCUGCCAAAAACCAAGAAAAACUGUGUCCAGGUAUACCUAUGGGAAUUGGGGCUGUUUUGAAAGAUGGUCACACCGAAUAUUGAUUUAGCCUUUUUUAUGUUUACUGGACUUUGUAUGACAUUAAGUGAUAAAUUAAAACUAUUUCUGUCAUUAUUUUUGAAGACAUCCUCACUAUGCAACAUUUUUCACAAGUGCCUAAAUCCUUUGCACAGUACUGUAUUUCCAAAAGCCAAGCUUCAGACUAUUGUACUUUAUAGGAAAGAGAUAGCUAUGCAUUGUUUCCCUCCAUGUUUUAUACUGUAUUUUCUGGCACGUCUGAACAUAAAUUGGUUAAUGUCACUAUCACCGCUUACUAGCAAUUACUUAGAAAUAGCUUACAAUAUUAUUCCACCAGCUGCUAACUUUUAGUACCCUUGAAAUUAUGAGAUAUUAAAAUAAAUGACUAAACACAUCCCCAAUUGCCUCUUGAUUUUGUGCCAUCUUCAUCCAUUGUUGCUGUAGCAAUCACAUCAUGUUAAUGUAAAAGUAAACCUGGUCACAUUGAAUGCAAUUAUGUAAGCAAACAUACACUUAGAAAUAUCUGCUGGUUUCAAGUAAUUCUGUCUGUGUUCUUAUUUGGCUGUUGAUAUAGGUUGUGACACUGAGGAUUGUUUCUAUUAUUAAACUCACUACUUCACUGAUAGAUGCCCAAAUUAUGCCACUGUGGUGCUAUGCUGGCUUUACAUUAUUGUGUAUUGUGACUUUAUACUGUAUUUGUAUAGAUCAUGUGAGUCAUCACAAUUUGUGACAAAAAAAUGCACUUAAGCCGUCAUAUAACUCUGCUUGUGUAAACUAGCAUUAUUAAUGAUAUAUGUAAACAUCACAGGUUGAAUACAUUUUAAUUAGCUUUUUAUGUCUUUAAAAUCAAACAAAUGGAAUUGACAAACUAUCUAGAAGCUAAUUUAAGCUUCCAUGAUAUGUAAGAUGGUGUGGAAGUUUGUAAAUUAUCUUUUGUCUUGCUUUGUCAAUGUCAUUGAUAAAGAGGAUCUGAUUAAACGCAUAA